CUCGUGAGGGUCUUUCUUUAUACGUGUCGCUAAAGAGCCCUACGUAGUGGAAAAGUAGGCUAUGGCGCUCGAAUGCUCCGUGUUCGCUUCUCACUCCUCCAUGAAGUCCGGCUUGCGCUCCCUGGCUGUGCGAUCCUCUCACACCGCGGUCUCGACGACAGCGUCACAGACUUCGCACACAGCGAUUCGGACGCCACACAGCGGGUACCAUUUCGAUGGAUCCAGCCGGCGCUUUAUGGAGGGAUGGUACUUCAAGGUCGCACUUCCUGACGAGAAGCAAAGCUUUGCAUGGAUGUAUUCCAUUGAGGAUCCUGCAUUCUCGGAAAGCCCGAGUGGGAUCAAGGAACUCGUCAAGGGGCCGAGGUUUCCCGGCAUGGGAGCUCAAGUUCUUGGACCGAACGACGAGUAUUUGUUUCAGUUCCAAGACACCACUAGAAAGUUCUGGGCAAGUCCAACCGAGCUGGCUUUGGGUGGUACAUUCGCGUCUAAGAAAGGGAGCUCGCCACCAAGAUCACUGCUCCCAUCCCAAGAGUUUGAUACACGCGUAGAAGAAGGAUUUCAAGUGGACGCGUUCUGGCACCAAGGAUUUCUCCGUGACAAUGGGAGGUCGCCAAAGCUAAACACCGUGGACAGUGUGAGAUGGGAGUAUAGCACACGGCCAUUGUACGGCUGGGGAAAUUCUGGUUCUGGACAAAAAGCAACAGCGGGGUGGCUGGCUGCUUUUCCGGUUUUCGAGCCCCACUGGCAAAUCUGCAUGGCGCACGGACUUUCAACAGGCUGGAUACAAUGGGGCGAGAAACGCUACGAGUUUGAGGACGUUCCUUCGUAUGUUGAAAAAAACUGGGGCGGAACUUUCCCGGAGAAGUGGUUCUGGGUCCAAUGCAAUGUUUUCGAAGGCUCUUCCGGAGACGUAGCACUGACUUCCGGAGGAGGAAAGCGCGGUCUACCAUUUCCUCCUGGAAGCUUUGAAGAAGUUGCCAUGGUAGGUGUGCACCACGCUGGAAAAUUCUACGAGUUCGUUCCAUGGGCAGGCGAAGUGGAAUGGGAGAUAACUCCUUGGGGCAGCUGGAAGAUCGCAGCAAGCACCAUAGAAUAUGAGGUGUUGCUAGAAGCAACAACAGAUACACCAGGGACAGUGCUCCGUGCUCCAACUAGAGAUGGUCUGGUUCCAAUUUGUCAGGACACUUUUGAUGGAAAGCUGAAGCUUCAGAUCUGGGAACGCAGUGUCAACGGCGUCAGAGGAAAGCUGGUGUUGGAUGUCACGAGUGAAAUGGCAGCACUCGAGGUUGGCGGCGGACCGUGGUACACAACCUGGAAGAAAAAGAGUAGAAUGGCGGAACCGCUGAGAUCCUUGGUAGGCUUGCAGCUGGACCUGGAGAGCAUUUUCUCAAGCGUUCCCGCACUAAAACCACCCGGACUGUGAAACCAAUCUUGUCGAUGAAAAGAAAACACACAGGAUUUGCAUGCAGGGCUCAAUCAAACGCGUGGCGGAAUCCGGAUGCUAUUUCAGCUGGUCCGGACGAGAGCGCAGACAAAGAGAAACGCAGAAGCAGGAUCAUGGGCGCCUCGCAGUCUCAGCAGCUAGAGCAGCAGCCGAGCGGCGGCGUGGUCUUUCCCGGCGA